AGCUUCAAAAGACAAAAGUUGUGAAUUUCUACACAAAUUAUUUUAAUAUUGAUAAAAAUACAGUGCAUUAAGAAAUAACUACAAAUAUCCACUUGAAUAAAUUAACAAGCAUGCCAGGAGCCGAAAGAAACUCUGAAAGGGCGCAAUUGAUCUCGCCAAAUGAUGAAACAAAACCUAGCUUUAUGAAUUUAAUCAGUAAUAUUAGUGCGUUCGUGUUCAUUUUAAUAAUAACUUACUGUUGUUUUAAAAAUGGGAUAUCCUUGUUUUCGUUCCAUCCUAUUCUUAUGUCCGUUGGGUGGCUCAUUUUGAUGACAUCUGCCAUAAAUGCUAUUACACCGGGAGACUUGGCUACGGAGUGGAUGCCGAUUCGAUUGAGGAGUGCAAGGCACUGGGUCAUUCAAGUAUUUGCUAUAAUUAUUAUUCUUGUAGGUUUUCUUGUAAUACUUUCAAAUAAAAUAAUAAAUGGCAAAGAUCAUUUUGUUACCUUACAUGGAAAAUUUGGACUAGCUUCUUUUAUAUUUAUGAUCAUCACAAGUUUCGGAGGCCUCGGAGCUUUGUACAGCUUAAAACUGAAACACUACAUAGCUCCCCUUUACACCAAAAUACUGCAUUCUUCAAUAGGGCUACUUACAUUCUCGUUGGGAAUAAUUACAAUAACUUUGGGUUGUUUCUCAAAUUGGUGGAAUGCAUCUGGAAAUGGAGAUGUUUUGCGUUAUAUUAGUUUAGUUCUGGUUCUCAUCACUAUGAUACUUACUAUACUGCGUCCAAGUCUAAAAGUGUAUUUCCGCAUUAAAGAAAGACUCGGAUGUUCUAAUUAAUCAAAGUUACAAUGAAAUAUGAGCUUAAUUCAUGAAGCCCUAAGCGGCCGCAUCCGGCCGCGAUAACAAUAGAUAAUCCAUUGUGUCUCAUUAUUCCACGAUUGAUGGGUUAAUCAAUAACCUGAAAGAUGCAACUUAUAAUUCUAUUUUUGUUAUAAUAAUUCCAUAAAACCAAAGCUAUAGUACUAAUGAUUUUGUUUUGGCUUAAUUUACUUUUUCGGUAUAGUUAAAUACUAAAGUUAUGUUUAUUAAAAUAUUAGUUUACAAUGUUAUAACAAAGCUUAGUGUAGUAAAUUUAAUGUUAUUUAAUUAUUGCGUAACUUUAAAAUGUAAUCAAACAUUAUUAAAGAGUUUACUCUCGCUUACUAGAAAAUUAAAUUUAGU